AUGGCCCCGCUCACCCCCCGCGGCCUCAUCUCCUCCGUCUUUGCUCUCCUGGUCCUUGUGGCUGGUGUCGUCUCGGCUGGCACCACCACCGUCUGGAGCGACACUGAGGAUCUCGACGCCCUGAAGGACGCCACUCCUGUGGAGUACGACGUUGCGUCCCUCACCGCCCGCCUGUCCGAUGUCCCGGUCGUCGACGUCUCCAUCGUCCUGUCCACCUUCGGCGAUGCCCUGGCCGUCGAGAGCGCCUUCGCCGACGCCAUCCAGGCUGCCAACUCCUUCGCUUCUUACCCCCAUGUGGCCGGCUCUGCCCAGGCCCUGAGCACCUCGGUCGUCGGGGACCUGGCCACCAAGAACGCCGCCACUGUCAUUGUCGUCGACACCACCGACGAGCUCCUGGCCCUCGACCUCGCUGCCGCCGCCCCGGCUGUUGUUGACAUCAGCUUCGCCUCCGGAGAUGCCGCCAACUUUGCCACCGCCCUCACCACCAAGCUCACUGGCUACGGUGGCUCCUCGGUUUCCGUCCUUCUUGUCGCCGACACUGCCAUCGAUGCCCCGGCCGAGUCCUCCACCUCUGGUUCCAUCCCCGGCGAGGGUGCCUCCAAGGCCGACCGCUUCUGGCUUACCGGCGCUGGCAUGUUCGACGCUUACACCUUCUUCGCCCCGGCCGUCUUCAUGGGCAUCAUCACUCUGAUUGUCCUCGGCAUCAUUCUUCUGUCGGCCUACUCCUGCCUUGCUUCGCUCAAGGCCCCGGACCACUUCCAGAAGAGCGACUAA